UGCCCGAGUACGAAACAGGGAGCGCCGGGCACUGGACGCAUGCGCGUAGCAGCCUGCGGGCCUCAUUCUGCGCAGGCGCGGGGGCGUCCCUUAGCACCUCUGAAGCAUCUGGUCCCUCCCGCGUCUGAGAUUGUCAAGCCGCGCCAGACCCGAGUCUCGCGGUCUGAGCGCCUCCCGGGUGACACAGGCAGAGUGGCCGAGGCCGUGGAGCAGACCCACCGGGAGCCAGAUGAGCAGAGAGGUCUGCGUGCACACCUGGCCGUGCUCCUACUACUUAGAGCUGGACAAGCGAUGGGUCCCUGGAAAGCUUUCCUUAACCUCCUGCUCCCUGAAGUUUGCGGGUGAUGAGGCCCAGGAGACGCUGGUGAGUUUCCCGCUGUCUGGCAUCACUGCGAUCAAGAAGGAGGCUUCUCACUUCGUCUUCAGCUCCAUCACCGUCCUGGAGAAGGACAACCGCAAGCACUGGUUCAGCUCCCUGCAGCCCAGUCGCAAUGCCGCAUUCAGUGUCAUCGAGCAUUUCUGGAGAGAGCUGCUGCUCUCCCAGCCGGAAGCACCGCUUCCUGCGACCAAGGGGAAGGAGCUGACUGGCCUCAUGGCCUGUUCCCAGAAGCGCCUGGAGGACACGGCCAGAGUCCUCCACCAUCAGGGCGAGCAGCUGGACAGCAUCACCAGGGGCCUGGACAAGAUGGAAUCCGACCUGGACGUGGCUGACAGGUUGCUGACAGAGCUGGAGUCCCCUUCCUGGUGGCCCUUUAGCUCCAAGCUUUGGAAGAUGCCAUCAGAAACAAAGCUUAAGGGAGACGCUUCAACGGCUAGUCCCAAAGCUCUUGGGAAGGAAGGGGUAGUGGUCAGAAUUCCUGCUGUUGUCUCCCAGAGAACAGCAUCCCAUGUCAAACCAGGGAGUCUCACUGUCCUAGUGUCUGGACUGGAAAUCCAUGAUUCGAGUUCUGCGCUCAUGCACAGGUUCGAAAGAGAAGACGUGGAUGACAUUAAGGUUCACACGCCCUAUGAGAUCAGCAUCCGCCAGCGGUUCAUUGGGAAGCCUGACAUAGCCUAUCACUUGAUAUCUGCCAGGAUGCCAGAGGCCAUCCCCGUUUUGGAGGUGCAGUUCAGCAAAAAGAUGGAGGUGUUAGGAGACGCCCUGACACCCAGCAGCACCAAAACCUCCUCCCCAGCAGAGAAGGGCUGCUCCAUGUGGCACACAGCGUCUGGGCUGAUGGACCGGGCCGUGCACCAUGAGCCCUGCCCAGGCAGCCAGGACGGCCAACCACUCCAGCUGCAGACGACCCAGCCGUUCAUUUCCGAGGGGGACGCCCAGGAACUGAGACAGAUCCUGAGGAAACUCAAGGGUCUUGCCCUGGACACCGAGGCAGAGCUGGAGAGGCAGGACGAGGCCCUGGAUGACAUCACCGCUGCCGUGGACCGGACCACCCUAACCAUCGACAAGCACAAUCGGAGGGCAAAGAAACUGACUUAGAGGGACAAGAAAGCAUGACAGUCACUUCCCUGAGUGCUUUGUUCUCAACACCUGCACGCUUCCUUGACCAGAAAGCCCGGGAAGUUGGGUCCAGGGCUAGGCGGUACCUGGAGGCCUUGCCCUGGGAGGUGCAGGCCUGCCUGGGCUGUAGGGGCCUGGCUCCCUGUGUACUGUGAUGCUGACCAUGGCCCCCAGGGGGGAGGAGAAGCUCCAGGAGGCCUGCACCCCCAUGGUGGCCCCAGCUCCUCUUGCUCCCACCUGUCCUGGGCCCUGAUUCCCUGCUCCCUACCCUUACUCCCCUCACUCCUCCCCCCCACUCUCCCCCUUCUCCCCCCUCUCCUCCCCCCACUGCCCCCUGCUCCCCCCCCCACCCCACUCCCUGCCCUCCCUCCCCAUUCCUCCUCCCUGCAGGGCUCCCCCCGUACCCACUCCCCCCUCCUUGCAGGCCACUCCCCUUUCAUACUUGAGCCCCUUGGAGCCUGGACAGCAGCUGGAAGCUGACCCCAGUGCUCAAGGCUGCUUUGCAUGGCCAGCAGCACAGCUAGCGGAGUCUUCAUUGUUUCUCUGUCCUUGCUUGGUGCAAAAGGGCAAUUUAAGUCUCUGGUAAAGAAGUCUGCUGAUUUUUGACUCUGCCCCCCUAACUCUGUGUGCUAUGUGAGCAGAGCCCCUUCUGCAGGACAACAUUCAGGCCCGAGACCCCCCCUUCUCUGGGCCACUGUGUGUGGGCCCCAGUGCCCUCAGUCUGUCCUUCUCUAGGGACAGGCCAGUUCCUUCCUGGUUGUGCUGUGAUUUUCUACCCGAAGUCUAGUACAUCUGGAGGUCAUCCUAUAAACACCUGAAAUGUUCUUCCCCUGCCCAGUUUUUAGCCAAGUGUGAAAAAAAUACAUAUUGCACCUAUUUUAAAAA